GGGAGGGUGGGGGAUGAGAUACUCUAGAGCGUAACAGAGGCAGUCAGAGAAAGAGCGAGUGUGAGAGUAAUCCUUGUCAUACAAAACAGAGGUUGAAGGGACAAAAAAAAACUGGUCACAUUUCUCAGACACCUGAAAACGUGCUGGUGUAGUGUGGGCGCGGUGUAUUGCCUAUUAGUGGGUGGGUGUGCUUAAACUUCUUUCACACUUUUGACUUUGGAGAUGUUCAUGGUGACUGACUGGCACUAAAGCUGAAUGCUUGGAAUUUAUUUUCAAAGAAUGCUUGUUAUGUUACAGUGAUAGUUUACUGUACAUCACACGACCUACGAACACCAAGCGAAGCAGGCUAGAGACAGCAAAGGCACUGAAUUACGCACCUUGGAGACGAUUUGUAACCAUUUCGUCAAACGAUACCUGUUUAGGUUUUGCUGAUCUUUAAAUCAGUUUCGAUUUGUUUCCACACUUGACGGGUUUGAUGGACCCCCAAUGACCUGCAUACGGUCUCAUUGCUCUUAUUGGGAUACCCGCUCUAUGCUUUCUUGGCGGUUCAUGACUAUUUCACCUAUAUCAACGAAAUUCCUACUUGACGCAAGAGACAAACCAACAUUUAAUAAUUCCAGUACCAUUUAAAAUCAACCAAAUACCCGAAAACAUGGACAACAGCCCUGGUGAGUUUCAUUGCCAAGUUAUAACCAAUCUAUGCUAUUGUCAGUUGUAGGCUAAAACAUCAAUGCAUUUGCUAAUACACUACUUGUCAAUUAAUACUACUGAAUAAAUGUAAUGUGUACUGUUUGGGCAUAUUCCUUCACUGUGUAUUGGUAUAUAUACCGUGCGUAAUGGUAAUGAGUUCAUUGAUAAUGUCAUAAACAUGUAUUGCCCGAGGCUACACAGCAUAUCCAGAUUACUGAAUAAAUGAAUGUCGAUUAUUUUUUUCCUAUUUCUUUUUUUAAAUAUUGGAGAUAGAUUUAGGGUUCUAUCAAAUUAAUUGUUUGCAUCAUAAAAAUAAAAAUAUUUUUUUUUGUAUUCCCCCCAACCCUACCAUACCUUUGGCGGACAAUAUGUCUUCUACUGCUACUAAUAGCUAUUUUCGCUCACAUAAACAGUAGUUAACUAAUUAUACAUACAUUCCUAAUUUCCUUUUUCUGCAAGUGCUGGAUUUUCACCCACAGCGGCCAAUACACCAUUCAUUCUGUUUUUAACUCCAACCCUCCGAUGUCCACAUAUUAACCCAUUUUUCCCACUAUAAUAACAUUUUUGCUAUUUCAUUUUGCAAUACAUCCCUCCAUUUUAAGUGAAAUGUUACUUCGGUGAGUUAUUGGAAAGAUUAUAUUUCGCGUAUUUAGUUUUUAUCAUGUAAUAGGUAAGGUUUUAGGUGACCUAUUUUUGUUAAAUAUUUUAAUAGUAGUAUACAUUGGAGAUAAUAAGAUAGAAACUAUCUGGAAUUGCGAUUACUAUCCCAUAAGGGAACAAUUUUAGAUGCGCACUGAUAAUGCUCAGUGCCUGCUAUGAACAAGGUUUUGUUAACUAUAUCUUAAUACUGGCGUUAGUAUCAUUUUGUUGCUAUAUCGUCAAAGAUAGAUUGGCCAAAUCUAAGUUUUAAUGCCAAGUGUGUUUUUGGAUGAAGGCUAAUGUGAGUGAUGCUCAGGGUAUUGAGGGAGUGGGUUGUCGUAUGGCAUGCCACAAUCUUUGCUAUUUUGCGGCGAUUGAGCUGACUGCUACUUCCUGAUUCCCUGCAUGUAAACAACAAACUGACGUGCGGUACCGGUCCCACUUUACACGCUCUGUCAGUCUCUGGUGCCUGCAAGUGCUGGUCUGCACUUCAUGUGACUAUUCCUUCAUUGAUUUGGUGUCAGCUUCUAAUCAUACAAUCUUCUUUUAGGGAUACAUUGUUACUUUUACAUAAUUUGGAACAACUUUGGUUCUCUUUUGCGCUCAGUCCUUAAAGUUGCCUUGGCUUGGAGAGUUGAGAAUUAUUGGCGUAAUUGAAUCAAACCGGAUUACGUGGGAAAAACCAAAACCAUUCGAAUCCUUUCAUCUGCACUACUCCAGAAAGGUGUUUCUUCUCUUUGACCUGAGAUUGCGUGUUUAUGGUCUGUGACACAUUUACAGAACUGGUCACGCUACCUGACUGGUGUCUCCCCAAGCUUGUUCAGUGCUGCUGUGCAUCAUCACUUUCUCAUCACGUGUGCCAAGGACCUAUCACGCCUAUUCAAUAGACAUGUGAGCCAAAACAAUUUUUAAAAGAGCUGGUCCUGACAUGAAGGCCAAAUUUGAACAGUUAACAGCUAUUCAAGCCAGGACCAAAUUGAGUAGGUGGUGAAUUGGUAACAAAAACUGUUCUAUCAUGAAAUAUUAUCUUCCCUGAUCUACUGCACGCACAAGCAGAGCUACAGUCAAAACAUUUUUACCAAUAUAAAAUAUAACAAGAUAUACAAGAUAUGGAAUACAAAAAGUAGUCAUGCAAAUAUGAAUUACCCUAAAUUCAUUUCAAUAUAUGCAUAUGUUUGGGUGCCAAACAUAUCCUAUCGGCUAGUGGGUCAUUGGCGUCAGUGGAAUGAUGACCACUAGCCAACUCUCAGUAAUGGGGAGUGUUCAACCUUUAUUUCAACUGAUAUGUUGACCAAGUUGGCCUCCAUAGUCCAUGAAUUCAUAGCAGUGAAUAAUCUCUAUGGCAGGUCACAAUAUGGGCAGGAGGGGGUUCCCAUAUAAAGGGAAUCCCUGUAAACCUACUAGGUGACACAAUUUACCACUCAAUAUUCGAAAGUUAAAGAUAUUCAAAUUGCAUUAAUAAUAAUUCAAUAGAUAAUAAUUGCAUUUUGAGUCAGGUUCCAUCGAUAAUAUGAGGCAAUUACAUUUACAUUUUUUACAUUUUUUUUAGUCAUUUAGCAGACGCUCGUUAUUACACAUUUGAGGCUGGAAUAACUCAAUUGCCAAAUAUAUUUUCCCGAAGACAGCAGGGAAUGUGACAGUGGCAUUGAUAUUGAAUGACCUAGUCCCCUAUUUACAGCCAUGUUCUCAAGUCUAAUAAGUAUCUGAGCUAUUAUUUGCAUGGCAACAGUCUGAUAAUGGUCGGCAUCAUGCGCCUGAUUUACCCGAGUUCCCACCUUGCCUGUCUAGAGCCGACAUCACGUGCAUAAACCUCAGCAUCCACGUGCAGCGCGUGAUUCCCACCCUCGCCUUCAGUUUUCUCAUCUCCCUUGCGCGCUCCUCUCGCUCACUCACAGCCUUUCCGGGAACUCCUACUCACAGUUUUUCCGGGAACUCUGUUUUGCUGCUGCCAGAAUUUGGUCAAUGAGUCAGAAUGUUUUAGCACCCUAUUCACUAGUUUAAUGUUUAUUUCUUUACGCCAAUAUAUUUUAAUUCGGAUAGACAACUGAAUAGUUUUAUAUACAGUAUAUUCAAUAUAGCUGAUAUUGUGAUACAUUUGUAAUACAUUGUAUCAAUAGGCAAAAUGUCACAUGUUGAGAAUACAUUGUAGUGAUGGUUCACUCACCAAUAUCACAAAUUACCCUGACAAGUAGCAAAUUCAAAUUCUCAAAAUUCAGGUUGGAGGUUAGGCUGGCCUAUAUUUAUAAUAUAGUUUAUAUGGUGGAUCAAAGUCCACUGUUUACUAUGUCAUAAAGUAUCUUUUAGGCUUCUACUCCAAGAUGCACUAAUUGUUAUAUUGCCCUACUACUUCCGCCAAUAAUUGCAUAGACUGCUAUUCUGUCAAUCAUCCGAGCCUGAUGGGCAGUUUAUAUGAGUAACUGGACAAUAUAUCAUUAUUUUUCUACUGCUGUUCAAUGUAAUUGUGUGUAUAACCAGUGGUUCACCUCUUAGAAUAUCAGUCUUAUUCACUGUAAUUUAUUUAUACAUUUACCCUUUCAAUGUAACCCACCAAACACUUACAAAUGAAGGCCAAUGAGAUUAUAGAUUAGACGAGGAGGCAGUGUCUGGAAUGUCUGGAGGGAAGAAGGAAGGGAGGGAGUGAAUAAGGGUCCCCGAGAGGGAGGGGGGGGCAAGGGUGUGACUGGGGGGAGAGGAGGACUCACGUUGCUGGGCACUCCCCUCCAGCCAACCCACUAUCAGAUUAGCUCACACACGAGUCACCUCACCCGACAUGAGCCAUGACCAUUUAUCUGACUUCCCACAAAGCACUGGAGUUAAAGCUGACCUCAACCUUAGUGACAGAGUACAGCGGUUCCACAAAAGCAGUGGUUAAAUUACCAUUAUAACUAUGUGACUACAGGGUGGAAGGUGAGAACUCAGAAACCUGAUUGUCGGAUGGUAAGGGAUGUGGGCUUGCCUUUCAAUAAACUAAACCGAUAGUCACUAGAUUGACAUGUUAGAAAUGACAGAAUUACAAUAUUAUUUAUGAGCUAUUUGGUCUUGAUUAGGGUUAGAGGUAAAUACAAUCAAAUGCAUAUUUGGUUUGAAAGAUAUACAUUUCAGUCCAAGCUGAGUGUUUUCCCACCGGUCUCAUGACUCACGGCCAAGUAUACACACGUCACCUGGCUGUCUCCCUUCUCUUCUAUACCCUAAGGGUGGGUGGGACUCCCAUGAGAGGCGGAGGGAAUAAGGAGGGGUUAGUUGCUGUCUAUUUGUUUAUCCUAGCUCUGAGUCAUACAGCCCUACCCCACCUGUGUCAUAGCAUAGUGCUCCAGGGAGGGGCUUUUACUCGAGCCACCUGGCCAGGCUCAGGUUUCUGGUGAAUUACACUGUCUCUGCCAUAGAGAAGGCCAGGGGUCAGGUCCCCCUCACUGGGCUGCCACUUGACAAUGGAAACCAAACCAACAGCUCAGGACUAUAAAUUCACCCCCACCCCCUCCAUUGACACACACACUGUGAGCGUGUGUGUCAAUGGAGGGGGUGGGGGUGAAUUUAAAGUCAGACCUUUCAGGUAGAGGGGAAGCACUGCCACAUGCAAACAGUGAAGCCCCAGCAGAGUUAUCACAGUCAGUGUUGGCACGUGCUGGCAGAGGAAUUAUAGACAGGCACACUCACUUUAAGCUAAACAGAAAUUCCCAGCCAGCAGCAUUUGUCUCCUCCAGCAGAGAGAGAAACACAGGGGAGGCAUGAGGCAGGCAGAUCUACAUGAUGUUUCAUAGAGAAUUCAUAGGACCUUAAAUAAAGGGGGAAACAUGAAAAAGACUGAGUCAAAAAAUUGGGAGUCAUUGCUAUUGAAUUGCACAUUUGUUUCAGAUAGCACAAUGAUGGGUUUGCCCUGUAUUGAAAACAGUUAAGGCUGACUGAAAUUAUAUGAAAACCGGUUUUUCAUCAUCCAGAUAAGCUACCCCCACCCUCCCCCAGUGGAAUGCCAUACACACAGUAGCGGCCCUCUCUUUCAAACGUAAGCCCUCUCUUUCAACAGUGAGCUCUCAGCUGCCUGUUAUUGUACUGCGGCUGUUGUCUACACGGGACUGUGGAAAGUGCCUUGUGUGUCAGGAGUCCAUGUGAGUCGGCGGUCGGGUGGCAGGAAGUUUGAGCAAGCUCUGGGCGCGCCAACGGGGAAAAGCAAGGCUUGCUGUUAGCGCGAGGAGGCAGCUGGCUGGCUGAGUGUACACGUGAGGGGCUGUCGCUCUUAUUGUACACAGAACACAAUCUUUACAGGGAGGGAGGGGUAGAGAGAUGGGGAGAGGGAGGGAGUUAUGAGACAUUUCCGAGUUUACAUACCGAACUUGCUUUGGAACAUUCUAGAACUUUGAGUAGGCGCAGCACAACUUAUAUAGCAAUUACUUUUUAAAUUAUUUUGUUUUUGUAUAAAUUCAAGGUCCCACAUCUAACACUGAAUUAAUCAAAGCUAAAAUGAUAAAGUCUUAUAAAUCCACAUUUUGGAAAAAUACUAUUGACAAAGAUCUGUUUGGUCCUGAGGCUAGAUUUGACAUUGUCCCGACACAUUCUGACCUUCUAUUACCUUUUACCAGCUUCUCUGAGACUGGUUGUGGUUUAAAUGUCGACCUCAGGCAGGAGGUGUGUUCAUGUUUGGUAACCCAUUCAAGUGCCUAUUGCUCAACACUCAUCUGUUAGUUGACCUACCUACCUUCGACACAGAUAUAUAUAUAUUAAUCUAUACAUCUUUGCACAGAUAGUUUGCUGACAGCAUAGCCUAAUGUCUGCUUCCUUGUAACAUGGUAACACUAACUGCCCUCCCUCUCUCUCCUCUCCUCUUUGCCCUCCAGGUGGUGUGAUACUGUAUGCUGGAUCAUCUGGUAGUGCCAGCCCCAGCCCUGGCAGCCCCUCCAGCGGGUACCAGACCCAGUCCCCCCGGUCCUCCCACUCCCAACCCUCAUCUCCUGAACCUGUCUCCUUCCCCGAGAUCGGCCCUCUUAAGAGAGAAAGAGGGGAGAACAGGGGAGGACCCUCGCCCAAACUAGUCUUCCAGUUCCCUGAAGCCAAUGCCACUACAGCCACUACAUCCUCUGGCAAUACCUACGCCCACCCUAUGGUGGCCAAGAGGCCCUGUGGCUUCACUGGCACCUUCACCAGUAAGUACCACUUCUACUGGCUUUCUUUCUUCUUCUAUUUUUCUAUUAUAAUGUCUAACCAAUCAUUCAUAUUUUUGUCUACCUCACAGAGACAGGAGGCAUGGUGCUCCUGUGUAAGGUGUGCGGGGACAUUGCGUCUGGCUUCCAUUACGGCGUUCACGCCUGUGAAGGCUGCAAGGGUUUCUUCCGCCGCAGCAUCCAGCAGAACAUCCACUACAAGAUGUGUGUGAAGAAUGAGAGCUGCCUGAUCAUGCGUAUGAACCGCAACCGCUGCCAGCACUGCCGCUUCAAGAAGUGUCUCUACGUGGGCAUGUCCAGAGAUGGUAAGAGAACAUUCUAUCUAUACCUAGCCUCAUUCUUGUUCUUCAGUCACACCUCCUCCAUACCUCAUCCCAGCUCUCUCUCCUCCAUCUCUCCUUCUGUUCUAUCUUCCUCUCCCUCUUUUUCUCUCCUCUGGCCCUUAGUUUCUGAUUGAUGACAGAAGCAGUUGGGGAGUCCCAGUAGUCAUCAGUCAUGGGGAAAACUGUGGCAAAUACGGUUUAUUUUAGGAAAUUAGGCCACAGGCCGCUUCAUUACCCUCCGUGUCAGGUUGAAUGUGUUUGCACAUCUAUUAGAAGUAUUACCGCAAAGUCUAUAACAUAUAGGGAUUUAAUAGGUCAUGUUCUAAUGGUAAACUAUUAGAAUGUUAUUGGAGGAUAGUACAGUUGGUACAGUUAGAGGCUCAGCUCCAUCCCUCUCCUGUAUGGCAUCAUUUCCCUACAGGCCACCAUACCCUCCAGAGGUAUCUAUAAACUAGGUGAUAAUAAAUCAUCUGCUUUUCUGGAGCAAACCUUUUGAGGUGACCUAUAAAAGGAAAACGCUAGAGAGGAGGAAAAUUACCCACCAUUGCACCAAUUACCCAACAAAGCUCAAAGCAUACGUUUGGCCUUUUCACUCUAUAUGAUAUUUUCAUUAAUACUGAUUACAUUUUAUGAAUGAAAGGCAUUCAUUUAAAACUACAUUUGAUGUCACUCAUCUACCCCUUGUUCCCUUUCCAGCUUUUUACCUUUCACUCUCAUUCAAUCAUCCUCUAAUUACCUCACCCUUUCACAUUCCCCCUCUCCCAUGAUACUCUCUUUCACGUUUUCAUUACCCCUUCACCCCUUUACUCAUACCCUAUUACCCUCUCACUCUUUCCUCUCCUCUACUUUGACCUCUCCUCCCUCACUCUGUCACUCAUAAUGACAACGUUUACUCUAGCUGACCCAGUAACCUACUUUGUGUUGCUUAACAGAAACACAGAGGAGCGAGAGAGCAAGAGUGAGCGAGGGGUGUGGUAGAAAGAGGGAGGGAGAUCAGGAAAGAGAUUGGGGGAAGGGGUGUAGCUUACAGUAGCAGACUAUAAAUAGGUUUGCCAGAGGACGUGUGCUAUGGAGAGGGGGAUGGGAGGUCUGGAGAGAUGAAGAGGGGGAUGGGAGGUCUGGAGAGAUGAAGAGGGGGAUGGGAGGUCUGGAGAGAUAAAGAAGGGGAUGGGAGGUCUGGAGAGAUGAAGAGGGGGAUGAGGAGAGGAGAUGAAGGGGUUGGGGUGGUAUACCAUGUAAUUUCAUGGUCAAUUGAAACAGACUGGUUAUAGAGAGUGGAGAAAAAUCUCCCCCAGCUUUCUUUACCCUGUAGGAUUAGUCAGUAAUUAUACAACACAGUGAUUGCAUUCCCAAUCAGUAAAGGUUGAAUUAGACUGAUAAGUAACAGGCCACUGCUAUACCAGCUCCAGUCACUGCCAUCUGUAUUAACUUAUUUUCCCCUUGUCCUCCUUCUCCUCAGCUGUGCGUUUUGGGCGUAUCCCAAAGCGUGAGAAGCAGAGGCUAUUGGACGAGAUGCAGAGCUACAUGAACAGCCUCAACGAAUCAGCAUCCAUGGAGAUUGACUCCUCCCCUUCUUCCUCUGAGGCCCCAGCCAGCCCAGAACCUGGCGAGUCCAUUUCCUCUGCCUACUGCAACAUCUUUGCCCAAGAGGAUGUGAAGCCAGUAAUCAAGAUGGCCGUCAACAACAACAACAUCCGCAACAAUCCAGCACAUGAGUCUGGCUACGCUCACCCCGCACCCCAAACCCACUCCCAUUCCAACCCCUCUCAGGGGUACCAGUCACAUCCCACACAAAGCUACCAGACCCCCUCUCGCUGCCCACGCAACAACAAUGUUGACAACGCCCAGUAUACAUACCAACCAUCAUUCAAUCAGAGUCAAUGCCCAAUGUCCAAUGGCAGCCAGUCCGCUAAGACCUUCCAAGCCAAUCACAACACCUUUCCAGCCGGCGAGUCUCAAAACCAGACCACCUGCCCCUGGAAGUUGAGUGGAGGUGCCAAAGUUCUGGUGAGUCUCAUUAAAUCGCUUGAGUAUGUACCUACAUAGUAUUACUAUAUGUACAAUACAUGUGUCAUAGAGCCAUUCUAACCCUCUCCCUCUCUCUCAGGCAUGUCCCCUGAAUGCAUGUCCCGUAGCCCCCCGUGACCGUUCCAGCCAGCAGAUCUGGGACGCCUUCUCCCAGUGCUUCACCCCGGCCGUCAAGGAGGUGGUGGAGUUUGCCAAGAGCAUCCCCGGGUUCCAGAGUCUCAGCCAGCACGACCAGGUCAUGCUGCUUAAGGCCGGCACCUUCCAGGUGCUGAUGGUCAGGUUCUGCUCACUAUUCGACCCCAAGGAGAAGACUGUGACCUUCCUGAACGGCCAGACAUACCCUCUGACGUCCCUGCGGGCGCUGGGUAUGGGCUCUCUGCUGGACGCCAUGUUUGAGUUCAGUGAGAAGCUGGGAGCUCUGGGCCUGCAGCCUGACGAGAUGGCCCUCUUCAUGGCUGUGGUGCUAGUGUCUGCUGGUAAGAGACUCAUAAGAGACACACACACUUCUCAAAAUCUCUUUAAAAAUCAGAGAUAUUUAGGUUUUUCACCAAGUAUAUAACACUCUCUCCUCUCCUCUGUCAGACUGUUCAGGUGUGGCUGACGUAGUUGCAGUGGAGCAGCUUCAGGAGAGUCUGAUCAAAGCCCUGCGCUCGCUCAUCACCCGCCGUAGCCCCGACGACAGCGCCCUCUUCCCCAAGCUGCUGCUGCGCCUGCCCGACCUGCGCACCCUCAACAACAUGCACUCCGACAAGCUGCUGGCCUUCAGCAUCGACCCCUAAGGGCCAGGUGGAACUACAGCCAACAGGGGCACCCACUGACUACCGGACCCCUGAAAGGGGCAGUCCUCUUGGGGAACAGCCUCAUGACGCUUUCACUCCAGCCACAAGCCACCAGCCGGUCAUCCUCAGGCUCUCUUCAAUGGGCUGUGUUUGCUGGAGCUAGGACUGGGGCAGAAGCAGGGUUGGACAGGGUGAAUGAGUGGACUGAGAGGCAUCUCAGAGAAAGAUGGAGGAAAAUAGGAGGGAGUCUCUUCAACUAUGACCUCAUGAACAAUACUCACAGCUGGUAGAAUCUCUCAUAGACUUAUAGUCUGCUGAACAAGUUGGUGUGCUGUGAGUUAGACAGCAAAUCCUCAUCUUAGUCCUCCAUUACCCAUAUUUCUCAGUGACAGAAGACCAAAAGACAGUUCCAUUCCUCCUCUCAUUCCGUGCCUCACUAUGUCCUCCUGUCCCGCCACAGACACAGACAGAAAACCAGCAAGAAGGAAGCACACCCUCUUCACGUGAGAAAGGGACAUUUUCUUUCUACACAUUCAAACACAGCACUUUCCAUACAUCAACAAACCUCUGAAAUCAACCCAUAUGACAGAGCAAUAGCAAUGUAUAACACACUAUUAGAUCCCUAACUGACUGUGUAUGCACUGUUAAAAAGACCUAAGCUAUUUUCAAAAUCACGUCAUUAAUCUUUUUGGAAAUCCAAUAUUUGGGAUUUGAUGAGAAAAUGUAUUAUUUACAUUUAUAAGAAUUGAGAGUAUGAUGCAUUAUAUUUGUAUGAUGUAAUCAGGGAGAUAUUUGGUCAUUUUAGACCACAUUUGUCGGGUUAUAUGUAUAUAUAUAUGUAUUAAGGUAUUCUAUUGUUGAACAUAUUGUAUAUAAUAUUUGUGACUGGUUCCUACUUCAUUUGUUUGUGUUGAUUGCUGUAUGAUGUUAGCACUAUUGAAGACACAAAGCAGGGGUUCUAUGUUUGAGAGGUGCACAAUUGUGUGGGGGGGAUGCAAGGUGUGCAUCUGCUGUAUGGGGCCAGUGGUCUUCCCGUCAUGAACUGAUCCUUACAACCCCCAACACUCAUCCUUACCGCAACAAGAGAGCAACUGAUGGAACCAGUGCACAAACCAUGUAAAAAAGUAUUUGAUUUGAACCAAUAUUAUUGAAAUAUAACUAUUGUUGAUUGAUCGAUGCAUUACCUUGUGUAUAUUUUGUAAAUGUAUCAUGGUUAAACUUCUUCCAUAGAGAACCAAUAUUAAAUGAGAUUAUAUACCGU